CAUCUAUUACUAGGUCACGCAUUUGUUUGACACCGCUGCUAGUGUAUUUCAUGAUGUUUAUAUUGUCAAUUCUUCAAUGAAUGUGUUAGAAGGUACCAUUUCUCUUGUCUGGUAACCUUUCAAGAAUUUUAUCACACCUUCAGCGGGAAACAUAGUUCGAAUUCGUUUUGACCGAUUUUAUCUGACAUUGUCCAUCUUCGAUCGCACCUAUCGCAACGUCCAUGUUUUGGUGAGCAAUGAGUAAAUGAAGAUAAUUUUCUUUGCUGGCCGAGAUCUAUGAACCCCGACAGCAAUUUAGUUCAUGCGCGAACCGUCGAAACGACCCAACGUGAAAGAAAGAUACGUUUGUUGCGCAAGCGCAUCCAGUGCGACAUGGGCGCCUAUCCGACACAAACUCGUUGGGGUGGAACUAUACUGAUCGCGAUAGUGCUUAUUUUCAUUAUCAUAGUACGUUCAUCUAGUGCGGCCGACUCGAUUUGUGAGCGAAUUGACUUCAACGAUAUAAAUACGUGGAAAGUGCAACAGUGUUCCGGGUCGAAUCGCGAGAUUUUUCGCCUGAGGGCGUACGGUUCGACAACAUUGUUUCAACCAUUUCGAGAGAGCGUUACCUACUUCCUCUCGAACGAUGUGCGUGGCAUCAGCUGUACGGAAUCGAUAAACAGCUUUUACAUGAACGAUUUCACGGAAAUUCGUAUGAUUUAUCAGCUAAUGUUUAGAAGUCCUUCCUUACUAACGCUCAUGGUGUACGAUUUGGAUAUGAUGGAUCAGUACGGAGGGCCGCUAUUAGCGCAAAAUUGGACCACCCGGGCACAAACAUCCACGUGGAGUUUAUUUGUGGGAAAGGUGGAACGAGAAAUACGACGUGCCAGAAUACAGCUCCAGGCCGACAUGAGUGCAGAUGGAGAGCUGGCGAUAGAGUAUAUAACAGUAUACAAUCCACUGGUGUUAGAAGAGUUCUGCAUGGUAUUAGAUGAGUUUUAUACAACUCCCGAACUAAGCACCACAUCUACCACCAGACCUACCACAAGGACAACUUCGAUUCCAUACACAACUACAAGGCGAACCAGAAGCACUACUACAACAUCUUCUACUACCACUACCUCAACGACACCGUCCACUACUACCACUACGACACCUACUACCACCACUACUACUACUACUACGACACCUAUUACUACCACUACCACGACUCCCACUACUACUACUACAACUCCUACUACUACAACCACGACUCCUACUACUACUACUACUACUACUACCACUACUACUACAACUCCUUCUACUACUACCACUACUACGACGCCAACAACUACUACCACUACCACGACCCCUUCUACUACUACCACGACACCAACAACUACUUCCACCACUACAACCCCUUCUACUACUACUACGAGGCCUACUACCACAACAUCUACUACUACUACCUUUACUCUCUCAACAACUACUGCCUCUACAACGGCUCCUUCAACUACAACCACCUCUACGACUCCUUCAACUACUACCACUACUACAACUCCCACCACUACCACUAUACCUAUCACCACAACUUCGUCUAACGUUAUUACUAAACCGAUUACAACUGAAACAAUUACUACUUCAAGUACGUCCCCAUCUAGCUUCCAAACUACGAAUUCAACUUUGACAAGCACGACCGCUAUCGUUACGUCAACAACACCAAUUACAUUUUUGACAACAACCCCCGCGGUUCCAAGCACUCCUAGCACGUACAUUACCCCAACGAUAAUAAAUACCACCCCAUCGAGUACCAGCACCACUGUGAUGGACACCACAACGAGAAGACGGCGAACUACAACGACUACAAGAAGGACUACAACUUCCACCUCUACUACUACUACUAAUACUACUACUACUACAGACUAUUCUGAUGUAACGGAAAUGCCUAGUUCUCCUGAGGUAACAACAACAAUAACGACUACGAAAGCACCGGCAACAACAACAAUACCAUCAACACCAAUAAUACAAACAACGAACCCAACCACUAGCAGCACCACGAUGGCAUCCACCGUUCUUUCUACCGUUCUAUCUACGACGUCCGCACUAUUCACGACCCGGAUAGCUACACCGCCUACGCCCUGGAAUAUGUCCACCACGACAGAAAUACAUUCGCCCGGCAUUACGGAUAAUCCUACGCCAGACGCAACGACAUUGCCGAUAGUGAACCUGCCGAAUGCAACGGUUGCACUAUGGAUAGCACUAAGUGGUGCGUUUAUUGUUCUAUUUAUCCUCGCGUCUGCCGUGGCUUUGUACAUCUACGUAUCAGGGGUUGAAGUUCACCAAGCGCUCGGUAGCGUUGGACAGUUCUUCACCUGCAGUAAACGCGACCGACCAGAAACGAAUGAGGAACCUUAUGCCAACCAGCAACCGAACAAUUUGGAUCCGUUCGAUCUAGUGUAUGGGCAACAAUUACAGCAACAGCUCAAGAACAGACUGCGCCCAAAGCACAGCAUCAGCAGCAUUAGCAACAACAGCAGCAAAGCAAUCCGCCAAAAGUACCCCCAAUUUAACAUGGACCCGUACAAGCAAACCUCGAUGGCGGGAACAGUAAAUGCAGCAUCGCUAGGCCAACCACGCUUCGAUCUGAUGGACGAUAUCGAUGUCAUCAAGUACAAAAACAGACUAAAUAAACUGUAACAACCAAUGGACACGUCUGUUCCACGAUCUGACGAAUCGAAUUGCUGUAUCGCACGCGCAAAAGAAAACGGAAGCAUAUGACGAGACUGUUUAAAUGUGGCGGCCAGGCAGAUACAGCUGAUAAAAUAUCAUUGGCGCAUUGGGAAUACAAUUGGUAAACCAUAUCGCGUGUAUGAUGAGCCUUUAUCUGUUACCAUGAAUCUUUACAGUGAGUUGCAUUUCCUCAUUUCAGGCUUGUUUUUUUUUUUGGUUUCUUCCACAAACGACAGGAUGCGUUUAGUAUCAUCGAUCCUUGCGAACUGUGUGCUUCUGAUGCUGCUAUCCAACGAAACACGAAACUCAAAUACGAAGCGAUUUUCCCAACGAAUGAUUUUACCAUGUUGUACGCAUGUCCGUCCGAACCAUGGCCUACAACAAGCAAGCCUAGGGGAAUGAUAUUCAUUUCUGCUCCGAUGUUAAGAUUCAUGCAGUAAAAGUAAAACAACCACAAUUUCCGUUCAACCAGUUACUUCGCUGGGAAGACCAUUUGGCGCAAUUUCAGUGAUGUGUACUAAAAGCCACCUACAUCGCAAAAUUAGCGUCGGCAAACUGUUUUGAUUGUUUCUACUCUAGACGACACUAUGCGAAAAUGCGAAUUUACACAAACACUGAAUUAACCUCGUGCCGCCAACAACGUCGCAUUCGUACAGUGAAUGAUGCCACACAUGAGAGAAGUUUGUUUUGUCGACGAAAGUUUGUAAGUGGCACCGUUAAAUAAACAUAAUCUUUUAUACAAUUUAAGCGCAAUUUAAUCAAUUGUUGCAUAAUGUUACUUUUUUCGAUAAUAUAAUAAUAUAUAUAUACCAAGUGCCGCUUUGAUGAUUGCUUAUCAUACAACAUGAAAACAUCCCUGUAAGCGUUCUUCGUUAAGCGUUAGACCAUUGUCUAUUCUGUACUUGAGAACUGUGAUACAGUAACUUUGGUAUAUGUACUAUUUAGCAAUCGGAUCCUCAACACAGACUCAUUAAUUAGUGGUCGCUAAAAGACAGUGGUUGGAAAAAUGAAGUACCUUAAGCCACACAGUGUUCGACGUAUUUCUUCCUCUCACAGAUAGAACUGUGUAGCGAUACGAUUUUGUAAGAUGGUUCCAAUAGACGAUAUGAAGAGGUUUCCUGAAGCACACUCAAACCAUCAUCCGUUCAGUAGCCAAACUUUACAACGUCUCGCUUCAUCAUCCUCCUUGAUACUUGACGUUGCCAGCAAAUCAAACAAGCGAAACAAGUUUGUCACGUGCUUCGUUCCAAAUGUUGAAACUAUCGGUUUUGGGGCAAAACCACAUCUUCAAAAUUUGAAACCAUAAUUAAAUAAUACUCAUUGUAGAAAGUUGUAAUCAUGGUAAAGAGUAAAGAACAAAAUCACAAUAUUUAUCCGUUGUUUUUUUUCGCGUUCAGCUGCGUGAAUUUUGUGACAUACGCAUUGGGUAUAUCUUAAAAAAAAACAACAAAUUAUUCCUGAACGGGAGGACAUUAUUUUACCAAUAUGUAUAAUGUUUGUAUAAUGUCGAAAUUGUUUCUCAUAUCUAGAUAGUUCAUAUAAAAACUUAUUUCCACGCUUCAAAGACAAACUCUGCAAACAUUCCCGCCGAGAUACCGUCAAACUAACACCCGUAAGCGAACCGUGUAAACUUUUAAAAGGUAAAAGUAUUAAAGAAACUUUUCCGGUGCACAGGCACGCAACGGGGAGGCUGGAUGGAAAGUGCUUAAAUUAUAAGCGAUGAACAUUUUUACCCCGGAGAUACUCUAAUUACGGUUGGUUAUAGUUCGAAUGACAUUUCAGAUAGACGGUAAAGAUAACGGCUUCGCUCCCCUGGUGGAACGGUGUGCAUACUUGCCGAAACUUUUCGCAAAGAUUUUCGUCUACGCCAUCAUUAUUAUUGGCAGGAUGCUAAAUACGGACCGUAGAAUUAAUACACAUCCUGCCGGCGUACUUGUGUGAAGAGGUUUUUCAAACGUUGGCAGAAGAAAUAAGUUGAUGAGUUAUUUUUCACUUCCAGCCAACUAACUCGCUUGAUUGAAUUCCCGUAGCCGAAGACGUAGCAAACGCAAGCGAAACCCUUGAAAUCUUUGUCCGCAGGCUUGAUGAGGCUUUGGAAUUAAUGUUUUACUUGUUGCCGUUUACAACCGAAAGCUCGGUGUGGCUUGGAAAGGGAUUCAAGGUGC